CGGCGCCUCCGCGCGCGCUCUCACUCCCAGCCCAGAGCUGCGGCCGCGCAGGUCCCACCCGCGCCCAGGGGCCGGAGAUGCAGCCGGGCGCUGCGCUCAACCUUCGCCUGUGGCUCUGCCUCGGACUCUUCCAAGGCCUGGCAAACGGCUACUCCAUGACCCCUCCAAUCCUGAACAUCACAGAGGACUCAUAUGUGAUUGACACCGGGGACAGCCUAUCCAUAUCCUGCAGGGGGCAGCACCCCCUCGAGUGGACCUGGCCAGGGGCCCAGAAGAUACUGAGCACGGGUGGAAAGGACAGUGAAGACACAAGGGUUGUGCAAGACUGCGAAGGCACAGAAGCUAGGCCCUACUGCAAGGUGCUACUGCUGGCCCAGACUCACGUCAACAACACGGGCAGUUACCACUGCUACUACAAGUACAUCAAGGCCCGGAUUGAGGGCACCACAGCUGCCAGCACCUAUGUGUUCGUAAGAGACUUUGCACAGCCUUUCAUCAACAAGCCUGGCACGCUCCUGGUCAACAGGAAGGACUCCAUGUGGGUGCCCUGCUUGGUGUCCAUUCCUGGCCUCAACAUCACACUGCGCUCGCAAAACUCAGUGCUGCACCCUGAUGGGCAGGAGGUGUUGUGGGAUGACCGCCGGGGCAUGCAAGUGCCCACUCUACUGUUGCGCGAUGCCCUGUACCUGCAGUGCGAGACCACGUGGAGAGGCCAGGACUUCCUUUCCAAUCCCUUCCUCGUGCAUAUCACAGGCAAUGAGCUCUAUGACAUCCAGCUGUACCCCAAGAAGUCACUGGAGUUAUUGGUUGGAGAGAAGCUGGUUUUGAACUGUACAGUGUGGGCUGAGUUCGAUUCGGGUGUCACCUUCGACUGGGAUUAUCCAGGGAAGCAGGCAGAGCGGGCUAAGUGGGUACCUGAGCGGCGAUCCCAGCAGACCCACACAGAACUCUCCAGCAUCCUGACCAUCCACAAUGUCAGCCAGAACGACCUGGGCCCCUAUGUGUGUAAGGCCAACAAUGGGAUUCAACAGUUCCAGGAAAGCACAGAGGUCAUUGUGCACGAAAAGCCCUUCAUCAGUGUCGAGUGGCUCAAAGGGCCGGUCCUGGAGGCCACAGCUGGCGACGAGCUGGUGAAGCUGCCUGUGAAGCUGGCAGCUUAUCCCCCACCGGAGUUCCAAUGGUACAAGGACAAAAAGGCAGUGACUGGGCGCCACAGUCCACACGCUCUGGUGCUCAAAGAGGUGACCGAGGCCAGUGCAGGGGUCUACACUCUCGCCCUGUGGAACUCUGCAGCUGGUCUGAGGCAAAACAUCAGUCUGGAGCUGGUGGUGAAUGUGCCUCCUCACAUCCACGAAAAAGAAGCCUCCUCACCCAGCAUCUACUCCCGCCACAGCCGCCAGACCCUCACCUGCACCGCCUAUGGGGUACCCCAACCCCUCAGUGUCCAAUGGCACUGGAGGCCCUGGACACCCUGCAAGACGUUUGCCCAGCGCAGUCUCCGGAGGCGGCAGCAGCGGGAUGGCAUGCCACAGUGCCGAGACUGGAAGGAGGUGACCGCUCAGGACGCUGUGAACCCCAUCGAGAGCCUGGACAGCUGGACUGAGUUUGUGGAGGGGAAGAAUAAGACGGUGAGCAAGCUGGUGAUCCAGGACGCCAAUGUGUCAGCCAUGUACAAGUGUGUGGUCUUCAACAAAGUGGGCCAGGACGAGCGACUCAUCUACUUCUACGUGACCACCAUCCCGGACGGCUUCAGUAUCGAAUCAGAACCUUCUGAGGAUCCCUUAGAAGGCCAGUCCGUGCGCCUCAGCUGCCGGGCGGACAACUACACGUAUGAGCAUCUGCGCUGGUACCGGCUCAACCUCUCCACACUGCACGACGCUCAAGGGAACCCCCUAUUGCUGGACUGCAAGAACGUGCACCUGUUUGCCACGCCCCUAGAGGCCAACCUAGAGGAGGCAGAGCCCGGAGCCCGCCACGCCACCCUCAGCUUGAAUAUUCCCCGAGUGGCGCCCGAGGAUGAGGGUGACUACGUGUGUGAGGUGCAAGAUAGGCGCAGCCAGGACAAGCACUGCCACAAGAAGUACCUGUCCGUGCAGGCCCUGGAAGCUCCUCGGCUCACGCAGAACUUGACCGACCUCCUGGUGAACGUGAGUGACUCUCUGGAGAUGCGAUGCCCGGUGGCCGGAGCGCAUGUGCCCAGUAUUGUGUGGUACAAAGAUGAAAGGCUCCUGGAGAAAGAGUCGGGAAUCGACCUGGCAGACUCCAAUCAGAGGCUGAGCAUUCAGCGCGUGCGCGAGGAGGACGCGGGUCGUUACCUGUGCAGUGUGUGCAAUGCCAAAGGCUGCGUGAACUCCUCUGCCAGCGUGGCAGUGGAAGGCUCUGAAGAUAAAGGCAGCAUGGAGAUUGUGAUACUCAUUGGCACUGGCGUCAUCGCAGUCUUCUUCUGGGUCCUCCUCCUGUUCAUCUUCUGUAACAUGAAAAGGCCUGCCCAUGCAGACAUCAAGACGGGCUACCUGUCCAUCAUCAUGGACCCCGGGGAGGUGCCUUUGGAGGAGCAGUGUGAAUACCUGUCCUAUGACGCCAGCCAGUGGGAGUUCCCCAGGGAAAGGUUGCACCUCGGGAGAGUCCUAGGCCACGGGGCUUUUGGGAAGGUGGUGGAAGCCUCAGCUUUUGGCAUCAAUAAAGGCAGCAGCUGUGACACCGUAGCCGUGAAGAUGCUGAAAGAGGGCGCUACUGCCAGCGAGCACCGUGCCCUGAUGUCUGAGCUCAAGAUCCUAAUUCACAUUGGCAACCACCUCAAUGUGGUCAACCUCCUAGGGGCGUGCACCAAGCCCAACGGCCCUCUCAUGGUGAUCGUGGAGUUUUGCAAAUACGGCAACCUCUCCAACUUCUUGCGCGUCAAGCGGGAGGCGUUCAACCCCUACGCGGAGAAGUCUCCGGAGCAACGCAGGCGCUUCCGCGCGAUGGUAGAAGGUGCCAAGGCUGAUAGGAGGAGACCUGGAAGCAACGACAGGGCCCUGUUCACAAGGUUCCUGAUGGGCAAAGGAAGUGCACGGCGAGCCCCACUUGUCCAGGAAGCUGAGGACCUGUGGUUGAGCCCGCUGACCAUGGAAGACCUUGUCUGCUACAGCUUCCAGGUGGCCCGGGGAAUGGAGUUCCUGGCUUCCCGCAAGUGCAUUCACAGAGACCUGGCUGCUCGGAACAUCCUACUGUCAGAAAGCGACAUAGUGAAGAUCUGCGACUUUGGUCUUGCUCGGGACAUCUACAAAGACCCUGACUAUGUCCGAAAGGGCAGUGCCCGACUGCCCCUGAAAUGGAUGGCCCCCGAGAGCAUCUUUGAUAAGGUGUACACCACGCAGAGUGAUGUGUGGUCCUUCGGCGUGCUGCUGUGGGAGAUUUUCUCAUUGGGGGCCUCUCCAUACCCUGGGGUACAGAUCAAUGAGGAGUUCUGUCAGCGGCUGAAGGAUGGCACACGUAUGAGAGCCCCGGAGCUGGCCACUCCUGCCAUACGCCACAUCAUGCAGAGCUGCUGGUCUGGAGACCCUAAAGCAAGACCUGCUUUCUCUGACCUCGUGGAGAUCCUGGGGGACCUGCUUCAGGGAGGCGGCUGGCAGGAGGAGGAAGAGGGAGGCAUGGCCCUGCACAGCUCCCAGAGCUCAGAGGAGGAUGGCUUCAUGCAGGCCUCCACCACCGCUCUACACAUCACCGAAGCUGACGCUGAGGGUAGUCCACCCAGCAUGCAUUGCCACAGCCUGGCAGCCAGAUAUUACAACUGUGUGUCCUUUCCUGGGCGCCUGGCCAGAGGCACUAAGACUCCAGGUUCCUCCAGGAUGAAGACGUUUGAAGAAUUGCCCAUGACCCCUACAACCUACAAAGCCUCCGUGGAUAACCAGACAGACAGCGGCAUGGUGCUGGCCUCAGAGGAGUUUGAGGAGAUAGAAAGCAGGCAUAGACAAGAAAGCAGCUUCAGCUGUAAAGGUUCCGGCCAGCACAUGGAUAUUCCCAGAGGACACCCUGACCCCCAGGGGAGGCGGCGGCGGCCCACCCAAGGGGCACAAGGAGGCAAGGUGUUUUACAACAACGAGUACGGGGAGGUCUCCCAGCCGUGUACAGAAGGUGACUGCGGCCCGUCUGCUGGCUCCGCCUUCUUCGCAGACGGCAGCUACUAAGGAACUCGUGGCAAGGCUUCCUGCCCCUUGCUGCAGCCCGGCUCUGACAGCUGAGCUGAAGGCCCAGGCUGGGAAUUCAACUCCUCUGGCCCCAGCCCUGGAGGUGUUUUAUGUCCCGCCCCCUCUACAGCCUCCCUAUCCAGGAAGAGUCAAACUCAGACACGAGGGCUCCCUUGUACUCGUACCACUCCUGUGCCCGUCACGGGCAGCCACCUUCACCCUCACAUCCAAUUGCCUUGUAGCUCAGCCUUCACAGAUGCUGGCCCUGGAACAAGCACACUGGCAGAGAAUCCUUCUCCAGCACCCAUUUUCGUGGCCCUGGUGGGUGAUGGGGUUCUCAUAAGGAAUACAGAUGUCUGAGAGUCACACGAUGAAUCAAGGAAGAGGUAGACCAGACCACCAUGUCCUGGCCCAACACCAUCCGUUCCACACACACAGUCCGCCACUUCCAACUAAUCCUGCUUCCUUCUCCUGGCCCUGGAGGGCUGAAGAAAGCUAUUUCUAUCUCAGAGCCACAACAUAGGAAUGGACAGAGGAGGAGGAGUCCUCUGAACAUCUAUCUAGCUCGUGGUAGAUGUUUGCUCACAGUGACUAAUCACAACGAGGCAACGCCUCUGCCCCUGAGUGUUGAGAAGAACCGGGUUUGUUUUUGUUUUGUUUUUUUGUUUUUAUCAGAAGAUCGGGCGCUUCCGUAAAGAAUUCACUCAUCCAAAAGUCAUCUGAAAAAGAAGUCCAAGGACAGCCCUUUGAAUCUGAGUCCCCAACAACUGAAGGGCAGACAUAGCAUGCCAGUCACCACAGCUCACCUACUCCCCCCGCCCCUCGAAGGCGCCCAGGCUCCACCUGCCUGGUCUAGAACCUAAGAGACCAGAUGCUGCUCGGAACCCUUCUUGCUUGGGGGUCUUUCCUUGAUCUGUGGAUUCUGUCAGGGAAAGUUCCAGGGGCUGGCACAGAGGACCCCAUGGCUGGGGAAGCCACUCAGUCAUCACCCCGUGUCCCUAAGCCCCUUGGAGGCAAGCCCCGGCCUUCAGCUUAUCCUAUACUUUUACCUGACAUUGACACCUACACAAAUCAAACCUCUGUCCUGAGAGAUCCCUCCCUCCAUGGAAGCUGGGGCUGCCAAGAACCCCUCCAGCCCCGCUCAUGCUGUGCCCCCAUCACCACCAGUAGAAAGGUUGGUGAAGAUGAGUUCCACUGACCCCUAGCCCCGUCCCGACAAGAAUGCUUGCAGGGCAGGCGACCACGUAGCAAGCAGGGGUCUGCUCAGCAGCCCCUCCCCACCAAGGGUAUUGCUCUCCUAUGAUAUGUUGAGUGCAUGUAUGACUGUAGUCUUCUUUGUCCCUGGGGAGCCCCCACCCCCUUUCCUCUCCACCCAACCUGUCUGUGGGAUUGAGUCUCAAGCUUACCGAGUGGAAGGAAGUAGAGACUGUUCUCUCAGAGGACCUAAGGCUGCAGAUGGGGCUGCAGAGCCCUUGCCGAGCCUCCCUUACGUAUCACCUGUCUGCGUCCCCUCUCCUGACCUGUAACUUCACACAUACGAAAUGUACUGGGGAAGCAAAAAACGUGUUCUGCCCCUUUUGGCAGUGUUCUCUGAAAUGACCUAAGAUAUUUAACGAAAGAUAAUAAUAAAUUUGAUGCCAGUCUUUGAGGUAUGAUGAA